AUGUUAAUAGUACGUUAUCGUUUUGCUCGAUGUUUUCGUGAUUUAAAACGAAUUGAAGGUAUAACACGAAGUCCUAUUUAUUCAUGUUUAUCAUCAACUAUUCAUGGAUUAAAAGUCAUUCGAUCUUAUUAUGCUGAAAAAAUGUGUUCGAAAGAAUUUCUUUCUUAUGUUGAUGAUAAUAAUCGAGCUAAUUUUUUGAUUGUAACAACUGAAAGAUGGGCAGCUAUACGUUUUGAAUGGAUAACAUUAACGUUUCUUAGUCUUGUUACAUCAUUUGCUAUACUUGUACGUCUUUAUCAACAAGAUUUUUCAACAGCUGAUAUUGCACUUACAUUUUUUUAUAGUCUUAGUUUACUAGGACUUCUUCAAUGGACAAUUAGACAAUCAGUAAGAGUUGAAACUGAAAUGACAGCUGUUGAACGAAUAUUAGAAUAUUGUUCACUUGAACAAGAACCGUCAGUUCAAAUUUUAAAUAAACAUCGACCACCAAAUAAUUGGCCAUUAGAAGGUCAAAUUGUAUUUAAAAAUGUUUCUAUGAAAUAUUUAAGAGAUGAAUAUUCACCACUUGCUUUACGUAAUAUAACAUUAACAAUUGAAGGUGGUGAAAAAAUAGGUAUUGUUGGAAGAACUGGUGCAGGAAAAAGUUCAUUUAUUCAAACACUUUUUCGUAUGGGAAUACUUGUUAAUGGUCAAAUUGAAAUUGAUCAUAUUGAUAUAACAACAAUUGAAUUAGAUGAUCUUCGAAGUCGUAUAUCAAUUAUUCCACAAGAUCCAAUUCUUUUUACAGGUACAAUUAGAUAUAAUCUUGAUCAAUUUAAUAAUAUUUCUGAUGAUCAAAUAUGGAAUGCAUUAGAAGAAGUACAAUUAAAAACUUUAGUUAAUGAUUUAAUGUUAGAUGGACUUGAUUCAUUAAUUAGUGAAAAUGGUUCGAAUUUAAGUAUUGGUCAAAAACAAUUAGUAUGUUUAGCAAGAGCAAUAUUAAAAAAAAGUAAAAUUCUUGUUAUUGAUGAAGCAACAGCAAAUGUUGAUAAUGCUACUGAUGUAUUAAUACAACAAGUUAUUCGAAAUAAAUUCAAAGGAUGUACAGUAUUAACAAUAGCUCAUCGUUUAAGGACUGUAAUUGAUAAUGAUCGAAUUAUGGUAUUAAAUAAUGGAGAAUUAGUUGAAUUUGAUACACCAUCGGCUUUACUAUCAAAUCCAAAUUCAUAUUUUGUUUCAUUAGUAGACCAAACUGGUUCAGCUGAAGCUAAAUAUCUUCGAACAUUAGUAAAUCGUAAGAAUAAAAAAAUAAAAUUGAUAAGACAACAAGCAUUUGAUAAUGAUGAUGAUGAUGAUGAAUUAACAUCAACAAUAAAUGAAAACGAUCCUCUAUUAGUAUAA